AUGGCAGAACUUGCCUCUAGCCUGAUCGGCCCAAUUCGAGAGGGUACCUUUCCGGAGACAGCAUCUGUCCUCUCUGCGGAUAUCACUUCUGGCGGAAUACCUGAAUUACUAGAAUCGAUCGCAAAGGCAAAAGACGAGCUCAGUGCAGAGAUACGCGAUGUCGGCAGACCGUAUGCUGAUGGUGUCGACCAGUGGAUCACCCAAGCAAAGAAAGUGCAGGAAGAUAUUGCUCAGUGCAAACAAGAUGCGCAGGAAAUAGUUCAGGAGCAUGUGCGCCUUGAACUACUGCGAAAAGAAGCGUCGGAUGCUGCAAGCAAAGCCAGGUUGCUGGAGGAUGAGAUUCAGUUUACGAAAGACCUACAAACACAACUACACAACACUUCCAAUGUCCACCAACAGAUGCGUGCCAUCGAGGAUUCAUUGUCCGAGGGUCAUAUUGUCGAGGCAGCCAAAGCCCUAAAAGACAUAGAUCAACAUGUGUCCCGCAUCACCGGCCCUCGAGUCAAGUCCAUAAUCAACGAGUACAAACAGGAGCUGCGGUCGAAAACGCGUACGAAACUAGAGCGAGACGUAACUUCCAGGGUUGCAGUCCAGUACGAUGGCUCUGAAGGGCUGCUGUCGGUAGAAGACACCGAUGUGCCAACCUCGAACAACGCUUCAUUGGUAGAAGCACUCGAUGAACUUGACGCUGCCGACGCCGUGCUCGAAACUAUUGCAGACAAACUCGAAACAUUCGUGCUCCGCGUUCUAUCGAUCAAGUCCAUCAGGCACUUGUCGGCGUACUAUGUCCAAGGAGGCAGUUUCAAAAUCAUCUUAGGGAACAAACGACCUGAGAUCCCACAAAUCCUGAGCUUCAGCAAAGAUAUUGUGGUAUUCUUACAUGCAUCACUGCCUGAAAAGGUGUUUUCACACAUAGCAAACGCGCUUGCUCCUCGCUUCAUGUCUGCAUUAGUCACAGAUUGGUUGACGCCUGCGAUUCCCAUGGAUUUGAACGACUUGACAGAUCUGGACUCACUGGGUAUGGAUGUAGCCGGCCUGGCGGAAGUAUUAGACACACACAGAUGGCCCAAGGCCAGUGACCUCAGGCAGUGGACACAACAUGCUCCCCGAAUGUGGAUCGCCAAGCGGAAAUCCGAGGCUUUAGAUGCCGUCAGGAAGGCGUUUGCGCUCUCGCAGGGGUCACUGCAUCAAGUUGAGAGAGUUGAGCGCCAAAAGGCAAGCACGCUGGACACAGCCGCGCCCUCCAAACAGACCGUUGAGGAACCAUCCGACGACUGGAACACAUCGUGGGACGAAGCUGAGAAGACAGGAGCUGAGUCAUCACAGCAGACCGAAGGCGACGAGGACACGAGUGGCUGGGGCUUCGAUGAUGAAAUGGACGAGAGUCAGCAAAAGAAUACGACCACCAAUGGGCAGGACAAGACAGACGACGGCGAAGAUGCCGAUGUAGAAGCAUGGGGUUGGGGCGACGAUGACAACGAAGCGAAACCUGCUAAUGAGGCCAAGUCGUCCCCAGAUACUAUUAACGGCGACCGACCGGAGCCUGCUGCUUCACAAGAACUGGUCUUAACCGAGCUGUACAGCAUCACGGACAUACCCGAUCAUCUCCUUGAACGUAUUGGCAAGGACAUUCAAGAUGGCGUCACGCUACAAGGAGAGAACCAUGCGAGUCUGAGAGGUGUCCCUGCUUCAUCUGGGCUAUUGGCAUUGCCAGCGCUCUCCGUCGCCAUGUUCCGAGCGACGGCUCCUACCUACUACGCCAAGAACGCGAGCUUAGGGAACAUGAAUCUCUAUAAUGACGCGCUGUACAUCGCCGAUAAGCUUCGCAGUAUGCCCGAGCCAGCCGGCAUGAAAGACAUCGAGGCCGAGUGUACCGCCAUGGAGAAGUUUGCUCGGUCGGCGUAUGCUCGAGAAAUGGAUACCCAGAGAACAAUUCUAGGUGACCUGCUAGAUGGCGUUCAAGGAUUCACAAUCCCGUACGCGGAGCAGAUCGAGGACGCAAUAGCUUCGACGAGCGAUCGUCUGAGACAGGUGCAUGCUGAAUGGUCACCGGUUUUGUCUACCUCGGCCCUACUGCAAUCGACAGGAGCGCUACUGUCAAGUGUUCUUAGCAAGGUCAUUACCGAUAUUGAAGAGAUGGACGACAUCUCUGAAGCUCAGUCCCAACGGCUUGGCAACUUCUGCGCACAACUUGCAAAGCUGGAAGACCUGUUCAUCACAAGAUCGCCUGAGGACAGCCAGUCAGAUCAAGAAGCCGUACCUAUGGUGGCAGUGUAUUGUCCAAAUUGGUUGAGGUUUCAAUACUUGAUCAACAUCCUGGAAUCCAAUCUGCAGGAUAUCAAGUACCUCUGGACUGAGGGAGAGUUGAGUCUCGAGUUCUCGCAGGAGGAAGUGGUGGACCUUGUCAAGGCGCUGUUUGCAGAGUCUAGCCAUAGACGGAGCGCCAUUGCUGCUAUACGUGGACACAGAGGCAGUGGCUUGUAG